AAUGGUUACCAAGCGUCCAUGGCGAAAAAUUUUGUAUGAAGAACAGGAUUACCCUGAUAAUUAUGUUGAUCGUUCAUUUUUGGAAGAGCUAAGGAAAAAUCUUCAUGUUUGCACUUAUGAUUACACAACUCUUCUGUUUGAGUCAACAAGUAUUACCCAACAGAUUAGCAGCAUUGGGAUUUUUAUUACAAUGUUCUUUUAUAUGGAGGAUCAUUCGAUAUCAGCUCAAAUCUUGUGGCUUAUGAUGUCAGCUUUAACUAUCAUUGGGUACAUUUGUAAUGUUGUUCUGACCACCUGGCUAGGCCAGACAUUAUCUGUGGCUACUUUUUUACAGCACUUGAAGACGUGUCUGCUGUUUCAAGGCUUUAGCGCCACCUUGUCCCCAGUGCUCGUGUCUCUCACUGAGACCAUUAGCACUGACACAAUCUAUGCUAUGACUACUGUCAUGCUGUUUGCUAAUUUAUUGUUCUACAACUACAACUGUAAUAACCACAGUGUGCCAGGGGCAUUGUCUUUAAAUGCUGCCAUAUUUGCUUCAGUGUGUUUGGCAUCAAGGCUCCACACAACCUGGCAUGCUUUCACCACAGUGACAACAUCUUUUCAACUUUUUGCCUUGUGGCCAGUUCUACGACAAAACAUCAAAGUGAGUCAUCCCAGAGUCCACACAUGGCUGACGCUGUUUGUGGCCGUCAUCUGUAUUAUUGGUUUAGGGUCUAAGACCAUAGUUGGGGCUGUGCUGUAUACACUAAUCAUCUUUCUAGUGACUUUCAUCUUUCCCGCCUGGUUCUGCUCACUACAGCCACAGAAAAACAAUAUUUAUGGACCUUGGGAUGAAGCUGUUAUUUCUGAGCCUUCCUGACCCCAGAUUCUAGUGUUAGACCUAAUCAAAGAGAGACAACUGCUGACUGCUAAUUCAGGGAAAAAAGCUGUUGACAAACCAAAGCUCAAGAUAUUUCUUACACAAUUUGAUGAAAGUGAUGAUGUUACAUUAUUAUUUUAUAUAUUAUUAUUUGAUAUAUUUUGCAAUAUAGAUGUAAAACGGCUGUCAAGGUUUGAUUUAUAUUUUUGUUAAGAUAAAAAAAUUAUGACACAUAUAGUAUCAAGUUUUUCUAAGCCAUGUUUUUUGUACUGGUCAUGAUUUUUGUUGAAAUAUAUUUGGGCAAUCAUUACACUGUUUAAACCACACAUUUUAUUAGAUCUGCCAGCAUUUUAUUAAGCACCAACAAUAAUUGUGAUAUUUUUUUGUGCAAAAGUAAUAUUUGUGUGUAGUUUCUUUUAUUUUAUUGUGAAAGUGUGACUAAAAAUAUGAAAUAUGAUUUGUAUAUAAAGCUUUUGUCAAAAAUGUAUUUAAAAAUAUGUUUGAAUGUAUUUUUGUAAUUCAUAUUGCAUCUCAUUUUUAUUACAAAGCAUAUUAACAUUAAGUGUAAAUGUGUACCUGAUUUGUUAAGGUGUGCAUUUUGGCAAAAUAUGUGAUAUGUGAUGCACAGAUAGAAGUUG